ACUGCGGCGACAGCAGAGGCUAGUGGAAGCCCAAGGUGGCAGAGGGGCCGCUGCAAGAAGAGGAAGACGGACGCCCCCACAAGCUUAGCACCAGGGAAUCAUCCUCUAUUACAAAGCCCCGCCGUCCUACUAGACCCUCUCCUCGCCUAGGAAUCCUCCCCUCUCAGCUCUGGCAAGCACACAUUCUGCUGGACAGUAGCCCGCUGAUCCUCCUUUGCAACAGGCUCUCAGCAGAGGCAGCAUCAAGGCAUGAAGACCCCCAGUGCACAGGAGGCAGAAGGACAACAAACUAGAUCAGCUGCAGGACGGGCCACUGUGUCUGCAAACUUCACAAAGAAGAAAAAUUCCCAGAAGAAGCAGAGGGGCAGACCUUCAUCCCAGCCCCGCAGAAACAUCGUGGGCUGCAGGAUUUCUCACGGAUGGAAGGAAGGAGAUGAGCCCAUCACCCAGUGGAAAGGAACCGUUCUGGAUCAGGUGCCUAUAAAUCCCUCUCUUUAUCUAGUGAAAUAUGAUGGAAUUGACUGUGUCUAUGGAUUGGAACUUCAUAGAGAUGAAAGAGUUUUAUCUCUUAAAAUUCUUUCCAACAAGGUGGCAUCCUCACAGGUUAGUGACGCCAACCUUGCAAAUACCAUAAUUGGCAAAGCAGUGGAACAUAUGUUUGAGGGUGAGCAUGGCACCAAGGAUGAAUGGAGGGGGAUGGUUCUAGCCCAAGCACCUAUCAUGAAAGCCUGGUUUUAUAUUACCUACGAGAAAGAUCCAGUGUUAUACAUGUACCAGCUUCUAGAUGACUAUAAAGAAGGUGACCUCCGCAUCAUGCCAGAAUCCAGUGAGUCUCCUCCAGCAGAGAGGGAGCCAGGAGGGGUUGUAGAUGGUCUGAUAGGCAAACAUGUGGAAUAUACCAAAGAAGAUGGCUCCAAAAGGAUCGGCAUGGUCAUUCACCAAGUCGAAGCCAAACCUUCUGUGUAUUUCAUCAAGUUUGAUGAUGAUUUCCAUAUCUAUGUCUAUGAUUUGGUGAAAAAGUCCUAAACACUGAGGUAAAAUUUACCACAUUUUUGGACAUAAAUCCAUAAUUUGUAGACACACCAAAAAUUGCUGCUUUUUCCCUGUAUUGAAAGUUUAAGGAUCUUUGAUGAGCAGUAAAAUUGUUGUUUUGUUCUGAUAAAAUACAAAUUUAUGUGGA